CUCAGCGCGACCCGUCAUAAGCUUUACGUGGCAGUACCACUAAAGCUUUCGGUUCAACUCAAAAAUAGCCUCGACUCUCUCCACAUUCCGUCUCUGCUCAUGGAAAGAGAGUCUGUGGACUCUUAAUGGUGGUGGUGGUGGCUUUCUUAGCGUUUAGUAACUUCAGUUUGAAGCGAGAAUGUUGACGUUUUCGGAGCUUGUCGUCCUGCUCGGGGUUUUGUGCGCUACAGCGAGCGGCUACUUCGUUAGCAUAGAUGCUCACGCGGAAGAGUGCUUCUUCGAGCGCGUGAACUCGGGCACUAAGAUGAGCCUCAUGUUCGAAGUAGCCGAAGGAGGUUUUCUGGACAUCGACGUUGAGAUAACUGGACCAGAUGGAAAGCAGAUUUAUAAAGGAGACCGUGAAUCCAGUGGGAAGUACUCUGUGGCCGCCCAUAUGGACGGCACUUAUAAAUUUUGCUUCAGCAACAAGAUGUCCACCAUGACUCCCAAAAUUGUCAUGUUCACCAUCGACAUCGGUGAAGCUCCCAAAGGCCAAGACAUGGAGACAGAGGGCGGUGGUGACAGCUGGGAUGCUCACCAGAACAAGCUAGAAGAGAUGAUCAACGAAUUGGCCGUGGCCAUGACGGCCGUCAAGCAUGAACAGGAGUACAUGGAGGUCCGGGAAAGAAUACACAGAGCAAUUAAUGACAACACCAACAGCAGAGUGGUGCUGUGGUCAUUCUUCGAAGCCCUGGUGCUCGUUGCCAUGACCCUUGGACAGAUUUACUACCUGAAGAGAUUUUUCGAAGUACGACGAGUCGUGUAAAAAAAAAAAAAAAAAAAACCACGCUUCCUCUCUACUAUCAAGACAGUCAUUCACUACUCCAAGGAUUGGCUAUCCUGCCUCAACACCUUUCAGAAGAGUACUUCAGUUUCCAUUAUUGUCUUUACUUCUGUGUUUGUUUAGAUUUCAUUUAGUUCAUUUGGGGAGCUAUGGUCUUUCAGGCAAAUCUUUGGUGUUCACUUUUAAUUUUUUUUAACCCCAGUUCUUACUAAUCUGUUUUAUUUUGUGGAACUUGUUUCUUUUUGCUUCUUGUCUAGUUUAAUCUACUUAAUGGACAAACAGUGAAAUAAAGAGGGUGUAUUGGCUGUUGCUUAGAGAACGCUACAAGCAUUGCAUGGUGUAUAUUUCAUGAUACUGUAGAAUGUUUUAAUUGUCCUCAAAAAGAAUGAUUUGGUUGUUAACUUGAAAUGAAAACGAAAGUGGUCUGGGAAUUGACUUUUGAUGCACACCCUUCGUAGGCUUUUCAGCUUCUUUAACUUAUAUGGCACAUAAUUAACGUGUAUUAGCCAACCUAUGGAAUAUGACUGUUUACGUAUUAAAAUGGCUUUAUUGUAUUUUCAGUCAUUUAAGUAUAAUUUCCAUUUUGCAGGGUUUUUUUCUGUUAACUGGGGAAGGGAGUAAUUUAUGUACUUUUUUACUGUUACAUGUCUGUAUGGACAUUUAAUUCUUUAACAUUUGCUAUACAGAAAGAAAAUUGGCCAUGACUACUGCAGAACUGAUGAUAAAACUGUACAAUAUUGUAAAGUAGGAUGUUCAAGUGAAUCAAAUAUGUACUUGAUUUAAUAAAACAUGAUGUUCUUUGAAAAUCUCA